GAUCUUCAGCGACAUCUUUGAGAAAUACACUAUGGGGUUGUUAGAACGGUGCAACAUGACAGAGCUUCAUGAAGCUGUAGCUCUGGGCGAUUACGAUUUAGUGAAUGAGCUUCUGAAAAAAGGGCUUUGUGAUGUGAAUUACAAAGAUACGGACUGGAAUGACAGGACACCACUACACUGGGCAGCUGCUAAAGGGCAAUCGGAGAUGGUAAAGCUACUUGUGCAGCAUGGCGCUCGCCUUUGCUUGAGAACUGACGUGGGUUGGACUCCAGCUCAUUUUGCUGCUGAAUCAGGAAGACUAGGUGUGCUAAGGACUCUUCAUUUUUUGCAUGCCACCAUCGAUGCAGCAGAUCUCUAUGGGGACACUCCGAGAAGGAUUGCAGAAAUCUACGGCCACAAAGACUGUGCGAAGUUCUUAGAAAUAGCUGAGGUGGAGUGCAGGGACUACUGUUUGGAGGCAGGAUUGAAAGGAAUUCAACUGGACCAGACAGAUGAAGACUGGGAACUCAAGAAAGAGCUUGAGAAAAAUACACCCUGUGCUCAAGCGAAAUAUACAUGCUCUACUCAAAAGAAAAACAGAGGAAAGAAUGUGAAACAAUAGCAUCUUCAGAUUCCUUUAAACUAGGGAGUGUUAUAGAGAGCUAGUCAAAGACACUAACAGACCCUAGAUACAUCUGGAGUAUGAAACAUAUACUAAGUGUUUGUCUACAUGGUGCUUUAGUCCACGUCAGAGGGGUAAAUUGUAGUCUGCACUAGCAUGCUGCUUGCUAACUGGCUUGUGUGCGUCCUGUUGGCAUGCACCGAAAGUUCUCUGGUGUGCAUUACCAUAGCCCUGUUUCAGAUAGGCCUAUGUUAACGUGAGAACUUUUAGUUUGCGCCACGAGGGUCCACGUAGGUCAGUUAGUGCAUGACACACUAGUGGGGACUAAAAUAGACACCCCUCUGGUGUGAAUUAAAGAAUUGUUUAGAGGAAACCUAAGAGAAAAAGCAUAUGGUCUGUGCGGUGGGUUGUACAUAUGGCAAUUAAUGGGAAGUGGCUAGAAGUUGUGGAUCUAUCUAUCGUGACAAAGUCAAUCCUGACAGACAGAGUGGUGGGGAGCAGAUAUAUCAGCCCUUGGAUGGUGAAGGUCCUGUUCCCUAUGAGCUGAAAAAAGGUUAUCUCAGGUUAAGGCCAGUUAAAGGCUGUCAGUGACCUUACGACCCCUUCUCGGGAGAGUGAGGAGGGGAGAGAUGAGAGACAGGCUGCAAUGGGGUAGUGGCACCACCAAAAAGGAAAGGCUUGGUGGAAGGCUGUCUCUCCUCCCAAUAGGGAAAGGAACUGAGUUAGCAGCUGCCUGGGGGAAGGACUGGCAAGGAGGAGCCAGCAUAGCAGGGUAACACCAGGGAGAGGGGACAGGGACAUGUAUUCCUGUUUCCGUUGUGAGUUUGGAGAUUUUUUUUUUGUUUUUGCUUAAGAGAACUUCUUGGGCCUACCCUGAGGCCUACCAUGUAAAUAAGGAAAAAUAAAACCAGAGUGAAGAGAAAAACCCUCCAGAGUCAGACUGAUUUACUCCAGGCCCUGCCACUGAGGCUGAUGAGGUGAAGGAAGUACCCUGCAAUACUAGAUCUAAUCUAAUGAUCUAUCUAAUCUAUUUAAUGAUCUAUCCUGUCUAUCUAGGCAAGAGGUUCCAAAAUCUGGAGAUUUCAUGCAAAUAUCUUAAUACUAUAAUUCAGUGAAUAUGCAUGAUCACAUUGACAUAAAUGACAGGAAUGUGCCUCUCCUCUCUACGCUCUGCCUGGGUGUGUGUGACGGGGAGUGGGGGGAGAACCAGAUAGAGACUCCAAAUGGUAGAAGCAGAAGCAGCCUUGGCAGAAGGGACAGCCGGCACCAUGCCAUCCCUAAGUGUGCCCCUAAACCCAGAACUGUGUAGGGAGGAUCCUGACCUUGAAGCAUGAGGACCCAGGUGGUACCUGAUUCUGAGUAGGAGGCUAAUUCUCCAUCCUGCCCUGGAGUUAGUCAUGAGCGGCUACCACUCUGGGUAAGUUUAUUUCAUCAAGCUGGGUUUGUGUUCAAUCUCAUGUGUGGCUCUGGUCAAAGAAGUAACGAUGUUAGGACACAGAUGGAAUGGAAGAGUGAUUAUUACAGAGAAUAGUCUAGUGGCUUCAGGUAAAUCAAUGGUGUGGCCUCAUCUGAAAUACUGUGUGCAGUACUGAUCUCCCCAUCUGAAAUAAGAUAUUGCAGAACUGAUGGGGGUUUAGACAUGAUCAACAGGGAUGAUGGAGGGAUUGGAAAAUCUCUAACAUGAAAGAGAUUGUAAAGAUUGGGAUUGUUUACUGUAGAAAAGAGAGGAAUAAGGUUGGGGGGACAUGUCAUAAA